AUGCCUUUCGCUGUGACACCAAUGACUAUGGAGUAUCUCCAAGACCUCGACUAUGAAUCGGUGGUCCAACCAGCCACAAGGGUCUACUUUCCUCUGCAGGCUACUUUCUCGGAGUCUGAGAGCAUCUUCUCCUCCCCGAUGUCAUCUCUCUUCCAACCUCGUCCUGCAGUCUCAUCUUACUUUUCAGGAAGUUCUUGGAACCGUCCAUCCAUGAUGGACAUGCCCGACUAUAUGAUGGAGGAUCCGGCCAUGCAAAUUGUCAAGAAGCGAAGACAUCAGUCGAAACUCAUGGAUGGAGAGGUCAUGUUCGCACCAUCCGACGAGAAGGGUUUCCUCAAGCCCGACUUCGUUCCAGAGACAUCCGCUCGCAGAUCUUACACCAAGAACCGAACCUCUUUCAUUGAAAUCACGGCAUUCCAAGUCCCGUCUUCCUCAAGCAGCCGACCAACUACAUCUUCUGGCGUUUCAACCCCAUCCGAGGAGGUCCCAAUUCCACAUACCCCAGAGACUGAACUCCCAGACGAUAUCUCCCCAGAGUUCUCGUCUUUCAGCUCCGCAUCCUCUGGUACAUUUAGCAAUAUCGGAGACCUCGAUGAUUUGGAAGAUCUCGAUGCCUAUAAGGUUGAGCAUAAUGAUGGAUGCCCAAUAAAGGGAUACUUAGAUAGCGAAAAUAGAAGCAACAACUCACCGGACUACUUCUCCAGUCGCUGCAGCUGCUCUCGCCCGACCAUGAUCGAUUCUAAAUCUAAUGAUUGGAUGGGCUUAACUUGGGACAACUCUCCACCAUCCAAGACCGGUGCCCAAUUCAUGAGCAACUUCAAGGCUGAGCCUAAGAUCUUCGCCCCUGGCUAUCCUGAGGUUGAGAAUAUGGAACUCGGGUCCGUUUAA